UCACUUGGAGAUAUUUUCGGGUGGCGGGAGCCGCCUCGUCAUUUCCGCCAGGAGAAAAAGACACCGGUGCGGGAGCCGCGGCUGCGGAGAGCCGCGGGAGCCGGCGGGCACAGCCGGGCAGAGCCGUGCCGCGGUAGUCCCCAGCACGCCGCUCCGCCGCCGCCCGGGGACCGACCCCUCGGCGGGGCCGGGAACCGCCGCCGCUGCCCGUGGGUUCGCGGGGGCGGGAGGCGUCGGAGCGUGCCGCCGCCUCCUCCCCCUUCCUCCUCCUCCUUCUCCUCCUCCUCCUCCUCCCCGCCGAGCCGGCAACAUGAACUGAAAUCCCCAGAGAGGCACAGAGGCGGCGAGCGAGCGAGCGGAGCGGAGGCAAGCGGGGAUUUAGCGGCUCUCUCCUCCCGCCGCCGCUCGGGCUCCGGGCAGCGCGGUCCCGCCGCUCCGCACAGCCUCGCCCCUCGCCCGGAGAGCGGCGGCCGCCCGAGCCCCGCGCCCCCGCGCCCCCCAUGGCCCUCAUCAUGGAGCCCGUCAGUAAGUGGUCGCCGAGCCAGGUCGUCGACUGGAUGAAAGGUCUUGAUGAUUGCCUGCAGCAAUACAUAAAGAACUUUGAGAGAGAGAAGAUUAGUGGUGACCAGCUACUGCGCAUUACUCACCAAGAACUGGAAGACCUUGGAGUCACACGAAUUGGCCAUCAGGAGCUUAUCUUGGAAGCAGUAGACUUGCUCUGCGCACUGAACUACGGUUUGGAAACAGAAAAUCUAAAAACCCUUUCUCACAAACUGAAUGCAUCUGCGAAAAAUCUGCAGAACUUCAUCACUGGGAGGAGGAGGAGUGGUCACUAUGAUGGAAGGACCAGCCGCAAAUUACCGAAUGAUUUUCUGACAUCAGUAGUGGAUCUGAUUGGAGCAGCUAAAAGUCUGCUGGCUUGGUUGGACAGAUCACCUUUUGCUGCUGUCACAGAUUAUUCAGUAACAAGAAAUAAUGUCAUACAGCUCUGUCUGGAACUAACAACAAUAGUACAACAGGAUUGCACAGUAUAUGAAACAGAGAACAAAAUUCUUCAUGUGUGUAAAACUCUCUCUGGCGUCUGUGAUCACAUUAUCUCGCUCUCUUCUGAUCCACUGGUUUCCCAGUCUGCUCACCUCGAAGUGAUCCAGCUUACAAACAUCAAGCCAAGUGAAGGGCUGGGUAUGUACAUUAAAUCAACAUAUGAUGGUCUCCAUGUAAUUACUGGAACAACAGAAAAUUCACCUGCAGAUCGGUGCAAGAAAAUCCAUGCUGGGGAUGAAGUGAUUCAAGUUAACCACCAAACUGUGGUGGGGUGGCAGUUGAAAAAUUUGGUGAAUGCACUACGAGAGGAUCCGAGUGGUGUUAUCUUAACUUUGAAAAAGCGACCUCAGAGCAUGCUUACCUCAGCACCAGCUUUACUGAAAAAUAUGAGAUGGAAGCCCCUUGCUCUGCAGCCUCUUAUUCCUAGAAGUCCUACAAGCAGUGUUGCUACGCCAUCCAGCACUAUCAGCACACCUACGAAAAGAGACAGCUCUGCACUUCAGGAUCUCUACAUACCCCCUCCUCCAACAGAACCUUACGUUCCAAGGGAUGAAAAGGGAAAUCUCCCGUGUGAUGAUGUUGGCAGACAUAUAGUGGGCAAGCCGGUUCAUACAGGAUCCGAAUCUCCAAACUCAUUUCUUGACCAGGAAUAUCGGAAACGCUUUAAUGUGGUUGAAGAAGAUGCAGUUUUGUACUGCUAUGAAUAUGAGAAAGGAAGAACAAGUGGUCCUGGAAGGAGAGAGAGCACACCAACAUAUGAAAAUUCAUUGCUUCGCUAUAUGAGCAAUGAGAAAAUAGGUCAGGAAGACUACAUGUUUCAAAGGAAUAGCAAAAAAGAUACAGGGAAAAAGUCGAAAAAGAAAGGAGACAAGAGUAGUAGUCCAAGUCAUUACUCGCUGUUGCCUAGUUUACAAAUGGACUCAUUGAGACAAGAUGUCAUGGGUACACCUGGACCAGAAACUGCUUUGUACCACACAUUUCAGCAGUCUUCUCUACAGCAGAAAAGUAAAAAGAAGAACAAAGCUCCUAUUCCUGGAAAAAGCAAAAGACGGAUCUCAUGUAAAGAUCUUGGUCGAGGGGACUGUGAAGGCUGGCUUUGGAAAAAGAAAGAUGCCAAGAGUUAUUUCUCCCAGAAGUGGAAAAAAUACUGGUUUGUCCUGAAGGAUACAUCUCUAUAUUGGUAUAUCAAUGAAGAGGAUGAAAAAGCAGAAGGAUUCAUCAGUCUACCUGAAUUUAAAAUUGACAGAGCCAGCGAAUGCCGCAAGAAAUACGCAUUCAAAGCCUGCCAUCCUAAGAUCAAAAGUUUUUAUUUUGCUGCUGAACAUCUAGAUGAUAUGAACAGAUGGCUAAACAGAAUUAACAUGCUUGCUGCUGGCUAUGCAGAAAGAGAGAGGAUCAAACAAGAGCAAGAUUACUGGAGCGAGAGCGAUAAGGAGGAAGCCGACACUCCAUCGACACCCAAACAAGACAGCCCACCACCCCCGUACGACACAUACCCACGGCCUCCAUCGAUGAGCUGUGCGAGCCCUUACGUGGAGCCAAAACACAGCCGACUCUCGUCCACGGAGACCUCCCAGUCGCAGUCGUCGCACGAGGAGUUUCGCCCGGAGGCGGCGGGGAGCGCCACCGACUCGCCGGUGCGCAAGACGGCGAGCCAGCGGCGCUCCUGGCAGGACCUCAUAGAGACGCCGCUGACGAGCUCAGGACUCCACUACCUGCAGACGCUGCCACUGGAGGACUCUGUGUUCUCCGAGGCGGCCGUGGUCUCCCCCGAGCACCGGCGGCAGUCGACCUUGCCUACCCAGAAGUGCCACCUGCAAGACCACUAUGGCCCCUUCCCCCUCGUGGAGGGUGAGCGGAUGCAAGUGCUGAAUGGGAAUGGGGGAAAGCCCCGAAGUUUCACGCUGCCUCGGGAUAGUGGCUUCAACCACUGCUGCCAGAGCCUUUCAGUUGGUACCGCCGAUCACCAUGAAGAAGCACAGCAGAAGGAGGUGGAGGAGGAGGAGGAGGAGGAAGGCAAAGCAGCAGAAGAAAACCAGGAAGAUAAAAUUGAAACUAUAGAGGAAAAACCAGCAGACUCCUUGCAAGAUUUGUACAGAGCCUUGGAGCAGGCCAGCCUGUCUCCUUUAGGAGAACACCGGAUUUCCACUAAGCUGGAGUAUAAGAAAUCUUUUAUAAAGAGAUGUAGCGAUCCAGUAGUCAAUGAAAAACUGCACCAGCUGCGAAUUCUGAAAAGCACUUUAAAGGCCAGGGAAGGAGAAGUAGCCAUUAUAGAUAAAGUUCUGGAUAAUCCAGCUUUGACGUCUAGAGACUUUCAAGAAUGGAAACAAAUGUACCUUGAUCUCUUCGUGGACAUCUAUCAAAGCAGCACCCCGAGGGACUCUGUUAAUGGCUUGUCUGAGGCUGAUGCACUUAUAGCCUCCUUAGCGCACACUCACUCUUACAUUGAAACGCAUGUAUAAAGGUCUCUCUUUUUGUCCAUUUGCUAUACUCCAGCCCUUUAUUCAAGUGCAUAAAGUAGUUUUUAUAUCAAUAUGUGGGAGCUCUAGUAAAUUAUAUUUUAAUGUUACUCAGCUGUGUGAAGUAAACCUUCAAUGGUCAACGAUACCACGUCUUUAAUGAGGAUUUGUAUAUUUUAUAUGCUACCAACACUCCGCUUGUGUUUACCUUCUGUGAAAUAGCAAACAUGAUCUUUAGCUAUUAAAGAAAAGUAUUUAAAAGCAUUUUUGGAAGACUGUGGCCUUCAUGCAGGAAGUUCCACAAGCUAAAGGUUUUGCUAUCGAAGGUCACUUUUACAAUGAUAUUUUAUAUUAUAUAAUUCCAAUAUUGCAUUGCAUUUUUGGAGUGCAGGUACUAUUUUGGUGGUGGAAGAAAACCAAUUUUUAUAUUUAAUGAGAAACUCUAGGAGUUUUCUUAAAUAACAGGGAAAAAGUGUAAUGCAGUGGUUGUGUUUCAGUUUUGUCGAACACACAAAAUGGUGAAAAUCAGCAGAUAGAAAUGACUAAUGUGAAAUUAAGUAUCAAAAAGUUAGGUCUUAUUUCCUUGUGCUUUUUUAAAGCCUGUUGCUGAGGUUUACCAUCAGUGCAAAGGGAUGCUGGUUUGUAUUUUAAUUAAGACCAAAUUAUGUGUUAUUUGUCUCUUAAUCACAUUUGGUUGAUUUUUUAAUAAAUUAGUCAUGGUACUGUCAUUUAUGCUGCUUUUGUACUGAAGGUAUCAGAAUAAUGUGCAGAUUUUGCAGAAAAGAAAAUGUAGACAUUGAACAUUCUUGAUAGCGGCGUUUCUCUUGCCCGGAAAAGCAGCAGUGGAAAAAGUUCCCAACGAAAUGCUCCAAAUCUGGGAGGCUUUGAAAAUUCCCACAAUAGAAAAGGAAUGAAUAGGAUUUUUCAAGUAGUCUCCUAUGUGUUUUCUGAGCUGUGAAAUUUGGCCGUAUUAUAUGCAGGGAAAAUGUGUGAUGGGAACAGAGCUGAGCACAGAAUCUGAAAAAUAACUGAGGAGUAAAAAUUCUCUGGUUCACUUUUGAAGGGGAAGGGAUGUCUCUGAGUUCUGCGGAGUUCACAAGCCAAUUAAAAUGUUUUAAACUUCCAUGAGAUUUGAGAUGUGCUAGAGACAACCUAGUGAAUAUGAGUAGAAAUAGCUCCUUAGAGUUAGGCACAUGCCUGGAAUAGCAAAGUAGGAGGUAAAUCUUAAAUCACGUAUUUACUUUUUAUGGGCUUGUUUUCGAAAAGUGAUCAGAGCAUGACAAAAUAUUUCUGCUGCUUUUCAGUAUUCUGCUGCAUAAGUUAGGACUCGCGACAUGAUUUAGUAAUGCUCAUGUGAAAGGGAAAAGCCUCCUUUAUACUUUUUACAGAGUUGUAUGCUUAACCAACUUUAGACUAUUGCCUGUACAGCUCAGUGAAUGUACUUUAAACUUUAUGAGCUCUGCUUUUUCCUGGCAGUUAUAUCCAUGAAGGGAUGAAGGAAAGAACGGACAAAUUUAUCUUCUCUCUCCUUCUUUCUUUCUUUUUCUUCUUCUCUCUUUCUCUCCCUCUUUUUCUCUCUUUCUCCCCUUUCUCUCUUUCUUUUUCUCUUUCUCCUCUUCUUUUUCUCUUUCUUUCCUGUUAUUUUAUCGCAUUUGGAUUGCAAAUGUUUUGCAGAUUUUGCACAAUUGUACAGAAGAGUGGCCUUUCUGUAGCCCAUUUUCAGUAAUCCUAUAUUCAAGUCGAUAUGGAUGACAAAUCAUGUAUUAACGUUUGUAUAGAAUUCUGGAUCCAGUGUAAUAUUUGUACCAUUAGAAGAAUCUUGUUUGUAUAAACUGGACAUUUAUUUACUGCAUGGGUACUGACUUGUAUAUUAAAUUUGUGAGGUUUUUGUAAAUUUCUCUUAAAAAAUGCUUGACUUGAAAUGGAUCGUGCUAUUGUUCCAAGCAUUUAGAUUCUCUUGCUAUUGUUUUACUGGACCAAAAGUAAAUAUAUUCAUAUAAACCCCUCUUUAUAUCUGAUGGAUGUAUAUGCACAUUGUGUAGUUGAUUCCUUGUCAAAACCAAGGCAGUUCAGAAGACUUAGAUCUGUUGCUAUGCAACAGCUAUUCUGCCUGCACUUUACAUUAGUAAAGUCAGCUUGAUCGCUUUAAAGGUGAAAAUUAAACAUUACAGUUUUUUAAGCUAGUCUAGUGACAAAGAACAUGUGUCCUCUCCAUUGUGCUGCCUUCUUUUAAGACUAUUAAAUGUUCUUCUAUAUAUAUUUUUACUGUAUUAACUCUCAGCCUAGAAAGGGAACACUGUAAAAUGAAGUACAAUAAAUUUAGCUUUUAAAUGAACGUUUUUGGACUCGAGAUUCAGUUUAAUCCAUACCAAAGGGAUUCUGCAGCAUCUGACCAUUUUACCUGCAUUUCACAGGUCCAUGUACCUUAAAGUACCCUCAGAAUC